AUUUAUUUUUAUGACUCAGAUAUGCUAGUGGGUUAAAGAAACUUAAUUGGUAAGUAACUAGUCAUUUUUAAAACAAAACGUAAUGUCUGAAUUGCAGCCUACAUGUGUCCAUGUGUAUAAUGUAAGAGCUCAAUAGUUUUUAGAUAUAGUUGAUGCACUGUCACAAAACACUUUACUUCGUACUACUUAUUUUAAGCAUUGUAGUAAUUUUGUAGACUACUGCAAGACAAAUCUGGCUGAACUUGUUACAUUUCUUGAAUUUGUAGUGAUGGUGUUAAAGAAGAAACUACUUCAAUUGAAAGAAUCUUCUGGUGAAAAUCCAACAUAUAACCCUAAGGAUAAGAGUGACAAUGAAGUCUUGUUGAAAGACAUUCCAGAUUCUUAUCUGCAAGUCAAGGGUGUAGAAGUGCGACGAGCUAGUGGGCCACUCCCUAGUAAAACUUCAUCAGGACCCGGAAGCCCUGAGAAAGCUAAACGGCGAAGCUUGACAGCCUCUGGUACCGCCUCUCCCCAAGUGUCAACUCCUAGUGAGAAAGAAACUACUUCAUCAAAUGAACUCCUCCGUCUGAGCACUACACCUGUUAUAUUAUCACAGGGAAAGGAGCAACUAGAAGCCAUCCUGGAGCUAACACACCAUCUAAACACUUUAACAGUAUGUUUGUAGUUUUUGUUACAAUGU